CCGUUCUUUUUGAUCGUGAAGUGUAAUCAUGGCGGUCGGCAAAAAUAAGGGAACCUCCAAAGGAGGCAAGAAGGGAUCGAAAAAGAAGGUUGUGGAUCCGUUCACCCGCAAGGACUGGUACGAUGUAAAGGCCCCGAACAUGUUCUCGACCCGCCAGGUCGGUAAAACCCUGGUAAACCGAACCCAAGGUACUCGGAUCGCUUCCGAUGGGCUGAAGGGCCGCGUGUUUGAGGUGUCCCUGGCCGAUCUUUCAGGCGAGAAUGAUGCCGAGAGAUCUUUCCGUAAGUUCAAGCUGAUUGCUGAGGAUGUCCAUGGCCGCAAUGUGCUGUGCAACUUCCACGGAAUGGAUCUGACCACCGACAAAUUGCGGUCGAUGGUUAAGAAAUGGCAGACUCUUAUCGAGUGCUCGGUCGAUGUCAAGACCACCGAUAACUAUCUGCUGCGUGUGUUCUGCAUCGGAUUCACCAUCAAGGAUAAUGUUUCGCAGCGCAAGACCUGCUACGCUCAGCAUUCCCAGAUUAAGAAAAUCCGUGAGAAGAUGACCUCAUUGAUCCAGUCCAAUGUGACGAGCUCGGACUUGAAGGAAGUGGUCAACAAGUUGGUGCCUGAUGCUAUCGCUAAGGAUAUCGAGAAGGCGUGCCAAACCAUCUACCCCCUGCACGACGUUUACAUCCGUAAGGUGAAGGUGCUGAAGAAGCCGCGCUUCGAUUUGGCCAACCUGCUGGAGCUGCACGGUGAUGGUGGCGGCAAGGGCGCCGAAGUGUCUACCGGAGCUGCCGAGGGUGGCGUGACAGUCGACCGCCCGGAGGGAUACGAACCACCGGUACAGGAAUCGGUUUAGAGAGUGUCCUCCGUGUUCCCUGCAACAAGCAACACCCAUACAUUAAAAGUAUAGCAACUAGGAAAAAGGGAGUGGUAUUUUUUCCAUUUGAUAAAAUAACAUGAAAUCCGAUGAGGCGCAACUGAGCGAGGAGAAAAUGUGAAAACUGGUCGAGAGAAAUACAACCUUAAUUGUUGUACAAGAA